AUGGUUUUCAUAAAGAGAUUGGUGCCUCUUUCAAUUUUGUAUUGUUUCGAAGGAAUCAUGCUAGGACUGAUUUUAUACAGUGUUCCAUCUGAUUUGAUAGAUAAAGGUGUUGAGAUAAGUAGAUACAAGUUUUCAUUCAUUGUGCUAUUACCUUACUUGUUCAGAUACAUAGUAGGACCUUUGAUUGAUAGCUUAAGUUGGGAUAAGAUGGGUAGAAGAAGAAGCUAGUUGACGGUGUUGUAUUUUGGAUUGGGAGUUCUGUUAUAUUUUUCAAAUUUCUAAUCGCUAGAUCCUAGUACAUGGUUUUGGAACAUAUUCUGGAUUGUAUGUUUGUUGGCUUGCAUUGACAUCAUAAUAGCCGCUUGGUUAGUUGAAAGUUUAGAGAAGCAAGACAGAGGGUAUGGAGCAUUGGCUCAAUUUCUAGGGAUUUUGAUUGGAGGAUUUAUUGGAGCAUACAUAUUUAAGAUGUUCAAUUCGCUUGAAUUUUGCAAUACAUAUAUUUAUGCCAUUCCUCAAGAGAUACCAUAUAUUACACUCUAAAUUGCAUUCAAGGAUUUGUCUUACAUUUCAGUAGGACUUGCAGCUGCAUGCAUUAUAAUAAUACAUAAUGAGAAAACUACUAAUUAGGAUAUAAUCGAAGCUUACAAAUCAGCUCUUGGAGCAUUUUCGAAUCGUCAUUUGAUCGUUCUCUUUCUGUUUUUUUGUUUUUUCAGAAUUGGGUAGAUGCCAAUAGAUUUGGCUCAUAUUCAUUUGAUGAAAGGCUAAUUGACAGAGGGAUAAAUUCAAUUCCUGGAAAUACUAACUUUUCCUAUUGCUUGCAUUUUACCAUACUACAUGGCCAAAAUGGUCAAGAAAAGUGUGUUGGAGAUUAGACUUAUCAUAGUGUUUUCCAUUUAUGAGAUUGCCAUCUCAGGAGUAUUUAUUAUAACAUUGUUUGCUUCCGAAGAGAAUUUCCCAUUCCCAUACAGAGACACCUUAAUGAAGAUAUCUUUAUUUAGUGUCUGGCUAUUAAACUUGAUUAAUCUCACACUGGCUUAGUCAUUCAUUUACAAAAGCACUUAAAGUUCUGUGUCUGCAACUUUCAUAUCUUUGUUAACCACUGGAAUAAACUUCCAGUUCAUUUUUGAAGGAUUUGUUGAGUAUUUGUUAGCCAAUUAUAAUUAUUAUUUGAUUUGGAUAUGUGGAGUAGGAAUAUAUGCUCUAUUUUUUUUCCAUCUGGCUUCCAGAGUCACUAUGAUAGAUUAAUUGAAUUGUGAAGAGUUUAGUUUAGAAAUUGAUAUAAAGAAAGAGAAACUCCUAAUUAACACAGAAUUAGCAACUUUGUCCUGA